AACACAAAUUCCCACAAUGCAACGGUCCAUUCUUCGUCGUCGAACAAAAACGCGGAAACAAAAGAAAUAACGUUUAUCGGUUUGUCAAAACAAAUAACACCGACCGAGUUGGCAUAAAGUGAGGGUAGCUGUAGCUGACAGCUGUCAAAGUUAACAUCGUAGCUUCGCUUAACCUAUCUAAAAGCUUUGCAAUGGCUCUGAAAAGAAUACAGAAGGAGUUACAAGACCUAGAAAAGGACCCUCCAGCGUCAUGUUCUGCUGGACCUGUCGGGGAGGACUUGUUUCACUGGCAAGCUACCAUCACGGGACCGAAUGACAGCCCAUAUCAUGGAGGAGUGUUCUUCCUUUCUGUCCAUUUUCCCACUGACUAUCCCUUUAAACCACCAAAGCUUGCCUUUACCACGAAAAUCUAUCACCCAAACAUCAACAGCAAUGGUAGCAUCUGCCUUGACAUCUUGAGGUCACAGUGGUCACCUGCUCUUACCGUAUCAAAAGUUUUAUUAUCCAUAUGCUCCUUGCUAUGUGACCCAAAUCCAGAUGAUCCGCUAGUUCCAGACAUUGCACAUAUCUACAAAUCGGACAGACAAAAGUACAACAAAGUAGCCAGAGAGUGGACUCAGAGGUAUGCAAUGUGAGGAGCUAGAGUUCCAGCAACAAUGACGCAUCCCUAAACACCUCGAAAUAUGACAGUACUGUUUCAACUGUUCAUCCACACUGGUUCUAGUUGAGGUGUUUUAUUCGCUUGAAGCACUUUCUCUACUUGGACUUUACUUGACUUAACUGUUUUUACUGUUUAUUUUAUUUUCCCCUUAAAUUGGCGUCAUUAUAAUUAUUGGUUGUGGUGAGAUGGCCUGAUUAUACUUUUCUUUUAAGAGAUUUAUAUUGUACAACCAUACUGAAUUUAUUUUUCAUUAUUUUGCAUUAAAGACAUUAAUCAAUAA